AAUUUUUACUAAACAGUGCGGUGAAAAAUUUCCUUGUGACACCUUUAACUAAAAUUAUUCGCUUCCGAUAAGCAUUGCAACCUGUCGAGGCUUUUACAAAGUCACCACAACAGUUAAGUGUACAUUUAGUUAAAUGAGAACGCACUAUUGUUUAAAAAAUGAAGAUUAACUUAAGUCGAGCAGCAAAAAAGAACUUGUACAUUACUUUGGCGGCUUCUGUGUUGUCUGCAGUAAUAUUAGGGCUAACUUUAUAUUUCGUACUAGGAAAUGGUCACACCAAAAAAAUCAGAGGAUCUGUGGUCACCAAUGGAGUAGAAUGUGCCAAUAUUGGGGGAUCAAUGUUGGAAAAAGGUGGUUCGGCAGCUGAUGCAGCUAUAGCUGCAAUGUUUUGCGAAAGUGCUGCCAUGCCCGCGGCAAAUGGACUUGGUGGAGGAUUUUUGAUGACCAUUUAUGAAAAAGAAAAAGGUGUUACCAGAUUCUUGAACGCCAGGGAAACAGCACCAAAAGAAGCCACGCAAGACAUGUUCAAAGACGAAUCAACCUCUCAACUAGGACCACUGUCGGUCGCUGUACCCAGUCAAUUAAAGGGGAUAAUGGAGUUGUACAAGACUUACGGAAAACUUUCUUGGAAAGAAUUGAUUCAACCCACGAUAGAACUUUGUAGAGAAGGAAUAUUGGUUACCAGUUAUUUGGAAGGGGUUCUUGAGGAUAAACUUAAUGUUAUAAUGAUGAAUGCAGAAAUGAUGAAAAUAUUUAUUAACCCUGAUACUGGCAAACACUAUGUAAAAGGUGAUAAAUUCAAAAUGCCAACAUACGCAAAAACAUUGGAAGUUAUAUCAAUAGAGGGAGGAGACGCACUUUAUACUGGAUCUUUGGUUAAAAAUUUUGUCAAGGAUAUAAAUGGAAUCAUUACUGAGGAGGAUAUGAAGGAAUACAAGCCAAAAUGGUUAGAUCCAUCAUCGAACACUCUUCUUACUGGCGAUACAAUUUACACAGCUCCUCUACCAGGAUCAGGGAAUGUCCUUUCGUUUUUUCUGAACUUGCUUCACGGUUUCAUCGACAAAAAUACUAAAUCAUUAACAACAAAUCAAAGAAUUGUCGAAGCUAUGAAGUAUGCGUAUGGAAAAAGGACGUUACUUGGAGACUCUGACGAAAUUAAGGAUGUUGUUAAAAAUAUGUCUAUGAUGAGUCACGCUGACGAUAUACGAAAACUAAUUAGCGACACAGAAACUUCUCAAGACCCAGCUCACUACGGUGCAGUAACACUUCAACCGGAUGAUCAUGGAACAGCUCAUAUUUCAGUGCUAGCGCCUAAUGGUGACGCGAUUUCCGUCACUUCUACUAUAAAUCUUUUGUUUGGUUCAGGCAUUAUGUCACCUUCAACAGGCAUCAUCCUAAAUGACGAAAUGGACGAUUUUUCCUCGACAAGCAUCGUCAACUACUACGGUGUACCUCCAUCACCAGCAAACUUUAUAAAACCCGGUAGAUGUCCAUUGUCUUCCAUGGUUCCCACCAUUGUCGUUGGAAAGGACAAAAACGUCAGAAUGCUCGCUGGAGCUGCUGGUGGUACUAAAAUCACAACGUCUGUAGCAAUGGUAAUUUUAAAACACCUUUGGUUUGGAAUGAAUUUACAAGAUGCCAUAAAUGACCAUAGAUAUCACCAUCAACUUUUUCCCAUGGCAAUACAAAUGGAAGACACAUAUAAAACGGAAACAGAAUUAAUAGAAGGUUUACAAAAAAUUGGUCAUAAUAUUACCUUCGCAGCUCCAGAUGGUUUUUCCGCCCUAACUUCAAUUUCCAACAAUAAUGGAGAUAUUGUAGCUGGUUAUGAUAUAAGAAGAUCAGGUUCCAUUUAUUACAUUUAUUAACAAGAAUUUAUUUAUUUAUCGUAAUUGUUUGUAUACUUUGUCAUAGCAAUAAAUUGUUUUUAUAUUUAA